AUGCAAGCCCGCGAGAACCAUCUUGCCCAGUUCCAUCGUCCUCUAGCCUCUGAGGCCAAAAUCCAGAUCGGAAAUUCGAAUAUUGACAAAGUUUCAACUUCCGAGGGCAUGUAUCUUCUUUCAUCCUCAGUAGACUCAAAGGCAAAUGUUGCAUCUGGUCUCAGCAUGGCUCUUCGGACCAAGUUGAUGGACUGGCAAAUGGCGAUUCGUGUUCGCUCGCUGAGGACUCAGAGAAUGAGAUUGGUUUCAACACUGAAGGGGUUGGACGAUUGA